GUUGACCAUUGUAUAAUUAGAACACGAUUGCUAUUUUAUUACUCCAGUACACAUGGACCUUCAGUACGACAAGAAUACUUUACCACGUGUAACAACCUCCAUAUUGCAAGUGCAUACAGAUGAAGUAUGGAGCAUAGCUUGGAGUCAUACCGGUGAAUACUUGGCAAGCGCAAGUAAAGAUAAGACAGCCAUUAUAUGGCGGAUUGGAUCCAAGUCAGAACCAUCAGUGCGGGAAUGUGCCCCAGAAUUAACCUUGCGAGAUCACCCGUACUCGGUUGGCUGCAUUGCAUGGUCGCGGGAUGAUUCAAUCCUACUUACAAGUGCAGACCACCUCAUAAAGAUGUGGGACGCAAAAAGUGGAAUAUGUUUGCGAACACUCGAUGCUCAUUCUGAGACAGUUUCAGCCCUUACCUGGCUUCCAGACGGCUCUGGUUUCAUUUCGGGUGGGCUAGAUCGCAAGAUUAUUCUAUGGGAUGCUGAGGGAAAGGAGCAGGACUCAUGGGGCAUAACAGCUAUGCGCGUGACAGACCUUGCAGUUAGUCCUGAUUCAUUGCGCUUGGUAUCCGUGGGCAUGGACUACGUCGCACCUACGCCACCAGCUCACGACUCUGAGCAUGGCCAUGGGCGGGAUACCUCACUUCCUACUGUAAAAGACGGAAGCGGCGCACCAAUAGCAAACAUGCCAAAAGGCCCAGAGAACUGCAUGAUUAUCUAUGAUCUGGCUUCAAAGCAGAUGGAGUCAUCCAUACGACUAGACGGCCAGCCGACUAGUAUCAAGAUAUCUGACGACUCGCGUUAUGCUCUCUUCAACCAUGCUCCUGACGAAAUACAUCUAUGGGACCUUGCUGCAGGUCAACUUGUUCGAAAGCUAACAGGACAACGUCAAGAGAGCAUUGUUAUCCGGAGUUGUUUUGGAGGCAUUGACGGCAAUUUCAUCGUCAGUGGCAGCGAAGAUGGCAAUGUAUAUGCGUGGCAUAGAGACAGCGGGUCACUUCUCGAAGUACUAUCUGGCCAUGGUGAGGGAAGCGUCAACUCUGUGGCUUGGAAUCCACGCAACGAGCAGAUGUUUGCAUCGUGCUCCGACGACAAAACUAUUCGCAUUUGGGAAGUCCCUUCUACUGGCACACUUGAAUGAUUAUCUAGUCGUGUAGGCUCUCAGCCAGAGCCGACCUCUUGAUGCAUUGCUGUAUCAUCUUGGAACGUUGUCUGUAGAGUUGUGAACCUGUGAACAAAAUUCUUGGCUGGCAAUAUUUCUAUUUGUCGUAUGCCUCUCAAAAUGUGUACAAAUUAUAAUUAAAUACCAUUAACCGUGAUAAGUUAUUGCAUUUUAUUGUACAGUGCGACAGGGACAGGGGUCGGUAAUAUUCAACUACGGGCGAUGUGCUAAGCUUGAUCGAAAUCCUGGCUAGUGGCUACAGAACAAAUACUGAAUAGUCGACCAAUAGUUUAAUAUGCGAGGAGUCGAAUAAUGGUGAAGGUGUGAAAGUGUAGAGUCUACAAACGGAUCAUUUAUCUAACGUGGUACGUGUAGAAGUCGUCGUCUUUCCGGUCAGUUGGGAGUGAGCGCGAUGUUUUGGCAUAAAAAGAGAGGCCAUGGGGUCUUUUUUGGGCACUGUCGGCGCUUUGGACGGUCGGGUUUCGGAAGAUAAAGACGGCAGCUGUAACGAAGAUAGCGCCACCUUUGUCGGUGAAGACAGGACAGAAAGGGACUUUUCUGGCGUGGCGGAGUUCUUUGCAUUGGGGCGUUGGGGUGACAGAGGGGUCGUCGAAGAGCUAGGACUGGUGUGAGGUUGAUAUUGGCGAUAUGUUAUUGUCCUGGCUGUCAUUUCGCCACCAGAUGAAGUCGACGUGGGGGGAGGAGGCUUAGCGCUAGGUGCGCCGGGAAGGACACGCUGCCUCUUGCCUUGGAUCAUAGGAGGAACCAUGCGUGAGGUGUACAUAGUCCGUUGGAGUUUAGACGCUUCGGACUUUGUCUUCUGAAAUAAGGUUUUCACGAUAGGGCC